AUGCAGCCCGGCUCGCAGCUCAUCUCCUCCAACGCCCUCAUGAUCAACACUCACGGCCCCAACUCCCCCGGUAGCCCAUCAACCAACAUGCCCGCUCACGUCGUGGAGGUGGACAUCACCGAGGUGUCCAAGUCGCUCGCCGUGCUCGGCGGCUUCAUCAUCAUCUACGGCCUCCUCUCGUACGUCGUCAAGGAACGCCUCUACCUUUCAGAGCCCCUCCUCGCCGUCACCGUCGGCAUCCUCGUCGGUCCCUACGUGCUCAACUGGGUCGAUCCGCUCAGCUGGGGCACCACCGAGGAGACCAACUAUGUCACCUACCAAUUCACCCGCAUCGUCGUCGGCAUCCAGGUCCUCUUCUGCGGCAUAUCGCUGCCCAAGGCGUACUUGUGGAAGGAGAAGUUCUCGCUCAUCAUUCUUCUCUUUGGCAUCAUGACUACCGCUUGGUUCGCCACGGCGCUGCUGAUCUGGGGGCUCAUCCCCAACCUCACCUUCCUCGAGAGCUUGUGCAUAGCCGCUGCCGUGACGCCCACCGACCCCGUUCUGGCCAACUCGAUCACCACCGGCCGUUAUGCCGAAAAGCACGUUCCUGCCAACGUGCGCAACAUCAUCGUGGCCGAAUCAGGCGCCAACGACGGCUUGGGCUUCCCCUUCCUCUACCUCGCCAUCUACCUCUUGGCACGUACGGGCGAGGAUGUAGGAUCGAGCGUCGGCACCGAGGUCGGCCGCUGGGUCUACGCUGUCGUCAUUUACCAGAUCCUCCUCUCCAUCGCCUUUGGCUCGCUCAUCGGCUACCUGGCUCGCAAGACGCUCAAGUGGGCCGAAUCGCGCUCGUACAUCGACAAGGCCAACUUCUUCGCCUACGGUCUCGGCCUCGCCUUCUUCACGCUCGGCACCACGGGUCUCUUCGGCUCCGACGACAUCCUCGCCUGCUUCAUUGCCGGCAACUCGUUCACCUGGGACGACUGGUUCCGCGUGCGCACCGAGGACAACGACUUUCAGGAAAUCAUCGACACCGUGCUCAACAUGACCGUCUUUGUCUACAUCGGCGCCAUUAUCCCCUGGGCUGCCUACUCGGACCCGGAGCUGCAGAUCACCGGCUGGAGGGUCGUCGUCCUCGCCAUCCUUGUGCUUCUCUUGCGCCGACCGCCCUGGGUCAUCGCAGCCACCAAGGCGAUUCCGGCAUUCCGCGACUUCAAGGAGUCCGCCUUUGCGGGCUGGUUUGGCCCUAUCGGCGUUGGUGCGGUGUUCUACAUCCAGGUCGCCCUCAAGCAGCUUCCCGAUGAUGGCACCCGCGACCGGCUCCAGGCGAUCUACGCGCCGCUGGUGCUCUUCAUGGUUUUCGCGUCGGUGCUCACGCACGGCGUCACGAUCCCCGUCUCAAAGCUCGGGCCGGGCGUCGUGCGUCGUACGGCGACGCUGACCAAGACGCGUUCGAUCACCUUUUCGCGUCCCAUGAGUCGCAGCAACACCAUCCAGGCCAAUACCUUGCAGAACGGACGACAAGGAUCGCCCGAAGGGUCGGACGAGCACGGUGCAGGUCGCGGCACCAACUCGUCGGGCACCUCGACUCACGGACACGUGGGAUACAACGAAGAGGGCAAGCCGCUGUGGAACCCGCUGGUUGCCACCGUCGACUUUGGCGUGCAUGUGCUGGCGUUCUGGAGAAAGGACAGCUUCUGGCGAAAGGACGUCUCGCCAGGCAAGCACAAUGCGCUCGGUGGACAUGGUCAGGGUCAUGGUCAUCCUGUUCGUAAGACGGACAUUUCAGCUCCUAGCCGCCCCAUCAAGCAGCGCAGUGUGGAGGAGGACGCCAUUGCCAGGGUGAUCAAUGAGAGCAACGGUCAAGACAUUGGGCUGGCGGAGAUCGACGCGAAUGAAGAACAGCGCAAGUCGCGAUUGCCGCCUCCUACGCUCGAGCUGCCGACGUCGUCGAAAGGUAUGCCGAGCCCGAUCCUGCAGAGUCCUUCGACGUUUGGCUCGCGUCCCAACUCGGCUGGCGAGGGCAAGGCGGUCGAGAAGCCCGAGAAGCCCGAGAUGCCCGCUCUGACGCGCACCGUGUCUCCGCGUCGAUUUGCGAUCCUGCGCGCACUCGGCAAGGAGAUGCGUGACGAGCGCGACGAAGCCGACUCCGAGGCGGCCAAGGGCUGGGAGCGCGGCGAGGAGCGAGAACGCAAACGCCUGCGCGAGAUGCUCAUGCGCAGCGGCUCCCAGCCCAAGCCGUCCGAGGCAGCAACCGAUGCAGAUGAUGCCCAGGAAGCGCGCGAUGCUCAAGAGGCGCUUGUCGACAACGCUCCCAGGAGCGAACCCGAGGCAGACGCCCAGUCCACCCAUUCGUCCCAGCGCAGAACGCUGCGCUUCGUCUAA